GGAGUGCAGAGUGUCCCACACAGUAGGCUACGGAACUGAGUCAACGCAUUUUUCAGAUUCAAGAAGGGUAGGGCGCAGGGCGGCUGGCCCCCGCAAGAAGAGAGAGAUACAAGUCAGCUACUUCCCUAGCUGAAUCGAUCAGCUAACGUAUACCAAUUGAUGUCUUCAGAUGAGAUUUAAGAUUUUGCUGUGCAUUUAGUUGGUUUGAUUCACCGUUGGUCCUCCAAAAAUUACAACCCGACAAAAUGACAGACCCUUCGGUGGCCGACACUCGCCGGUUGAAUUCCAAGCCCCAGGACCUGACGGAUGCUUACGGCCCCCCCAGCAAUUUUCUGGAAAUAGACGUUUAUGAUCCACAAAUCGUUGGAGUUGGACGGAACCGUUACACAAAUUACGAAGUUCGCAUGCGGACAAACCUUCCCAUUUUCAAACUGAAGGAUUCCUGUGUGAGAAGAAGAUACAGUGACUUUGAGUGGUUAAAAAAUGAGCUGGAAAGAGACAGUAAGAUUGUAGUACCAUCUCUGCCGGGCAAAGCCCUGAAGAGACAGCUGCCAUUCCGCGGAGAUGAGGGCCUUUUUGAGGAGUCCUUCAUUGAGGAGCGGCGAUCGGGCCUGGAGCAGUUCAUCAACAGAAUUGCAGGUCACCCCUUGGCCCAGAAUGAGCGCUGUCUUCACAUGUUUCUGCAAGAUGAAAGCAUUGACCGUAACUACAUUCCUGGAAAAGUAUGAAUGAAACAAUACAGACUGCUGCACCUGCCCCAUGUACAUUUAUUUCGACAGCACGUCAUUAUAAAGCUGGUGGAAAUGUCAGAACUGAUAAGUAUCAACGGUGUAGGAAAAACACAACUAUCGCUCCUGGACAAAACUAAGAGAUCCAAUGUAUAAAUCGUUUGAUGUUGUGUCUUUAAUAAGUCAUUCCACAUACAGUAUGUACAUUAUUAUUAUUAUUUUUGAUUCAGUAAUCCGUGAAAAAGAAAACAUGUUCCAUAUGUCCUUUUGUCAUAGCUAGAUUUUUCUUCUUCUUCUUUUUUUUUACAAUUGAUUAUUAUGUUUUCUGAAUGUCUUUUGAAUUGAUUUGAUCCAGUUUAAAAUAAGGGUAAUUUCCUGCUUUGAUUAAUGUCUUAUUUUGCUAGAGGAGAUGUGAUUUUGAUGAUAACCUCCCAAAGUCGAGCAACAUGUAGCAUCAUGAAAAAGACGGUGACAUUUCAUUCCAGUCAGUACAUCUGUGGAACAUGCUCUUAGACAGGAUUGUUUCAUGUUUAAUUGUUUUAAUUCUGCUGUCUUAGUUACAUCAUCAUGCCUACAGUUUGGCUGUGUGUUGUCAAAUCAGCUAUUGGGAAUGUUAAGUUAGGCAAAUAACCAUAUCUAAGCACUGUGACAAGAGGUUCAUUAUAUGAACAAUAUUUCAUGUUUAAAGGCGUAAUCAGCAUCUGGUUUAUUGAUCUGAAAUGAGGCUUAUGUGCUUAUUUUCAGCCGGUUUAUUCUUUCUAUCAAUAUUAUUGUGAGGUGUAUUAAUACAUGUUAUCAUUGCAGUUCCACUAUGGGUGAUGAGGAACUUCCUUGUUAAUUCUGUCCACCAAUUAAAUUUCCUGCUGCCUGCUGUUUCAUGUCUACAUGUGUCUUUUCAGUUUUAAAGAGGAGAAAUAAAAUCAGCAAAACUCA